GAAGAAGACUGGACCAAUCAGUGUUGGUCACAUGGGAAGGUCGGCAGUGCUUUGACAUUCAGCUAUCGUCUGUCGAUAAAAACGUAUAAAGUUCUUCAAAAUGAGCUUUUUAGCGUCUCAUUUUUCCCGUCUAAGAGGAAUAAUCUCUCGGCCCAGCAUUACUGCAGUAACUGGUUUAUCCUACCUGAGACCGUUCAGCAGCUGGAUCGGGUCGACCUCCCCACCUUCCAGACUUUCGGGGCCGCUCACUUCCAGAGCAGAGGGUUCAGAAGUGCUUCAACGGUUCCCCUGGCAGUACCAGCAGAUCCGGACCCGGAAAAGAGGCACCGAAUAUCAGCCCAAGAACAUCAAGCGUAAACGGACCCACGGCUGGAUCAAGAGGGUCAGCUCGCAGGGAGGCAUCGAGGUGAUCCUCCGGCGCAUGCUGAAGGGACGGAAGUCCCUCACGCACUGAGGCUGCCCGAGCCCCAAGACUCUGAGGGACAGGUGGAGCUCAGGGUCCCACAAAGAACUGAACAAAAGAUGGUCUGUCAGACCCAAAGUAUUGAACUCAACUCGACUUCUGUCAAAUCAUUUUGUCUCAAAGUAGAACAGAUCUAAUAAAAUAUCCUUUUUAUAAAGUUC